UACUUCAUAGUUAGUCUAUUUUCAGUUUUUCACAUUAUUGGUAGGUAAAAAAAAUGAGAAAAAGAAUGGCAGAGUUUGAAGACUUGCCAGAAGGAUGCAUCACCACCAUAAUAUCUCGUACGACUCCAGUUGACGCCGGCAAACUCUCCGUUGUCUCUAAAUCAUUUCGUUCUGCCUCUGAUUCCGAUGCUGUCUGGAAUGCCUUUCUUCCUUCCGAUUCCAAUUUCAUCGACUCUAUCAUCUCACACUCUCCUUCACUCGCCAAUCUUCCUACCAAAAAGUCUCUCUAUCUUGCCCUCUCCGAUCGCCCUAUCGACAAUGCUCGAAAGAGCUUUCAAUUGAAUAGAAAGAGUGGAAAAAAGUGUUACAUGCUUGCAGCUAGAUCUCUCACAAUUGUUUGGGGCGAUGAUCAGCGCUACUGGAAUUGGAUUUCUACGCCUGAUUCCAGGUUCCCUGAAAUUGCUAAGCUUUGUCAUGUGUGGUGGUUUGAAAUUCGUGGAACAAUCAACACUCUUGCCUUGUCCCCAAAUACUCAGUAUGCAGCUUAUCUUGUGUUCAAGAUGAUUGAUGACUAUGGAUUUGAGAACGAAACUGUGGACUUAACCGUUGGCGUCAAAGGUGGCCAUAGCAACACUAAAAUAGUCUGUUUGGAUCCAAAUAUAGAUCCUAGGCCACCCAUAUUCGGUAGGUGGUAUCAUGGGAGGAGGCCGACGCCACACGAUAUAGUAGGAUUGCAACGUCCUAGUGUGAGAAGCGAUGGAUGGCUGGAGAUUAAGAUGGGAGAAUUCUUCAAUUCAAACCUCGAAGAAGAAGUCGAGAUGAGUGUUAUGGAGAUUAAGGGUAAUGAGGUGAAGGAGAAUUUCUUUCUCGAAGGAAUAGAAGUUAGGCCUAAAGAAGACAAUUAAGCAACAUCACUGAACUAUGCAGUGUUUUGUGUGUUGUUUCCAUAUUGUCUCUUGAUUUGCAGUCUCUUAAGAACAUUGAUUAAAGUUGAACCAAUGCCUUGAUAGACUAGAAUUUAAGUCAUCAUAAUUGUGUGCUAUCGAUUUAUGGUCGAUGUCGCAGUUUUUUAGUUUGAUUUUCUUUAAUAAAUCCAUUUUUUUUCUACUCCAAGACAACUGCUUCUACUGCGCUGAUACUAUCCAGAUCGUUGGAUCAACCUGUAAUAGCCUUAACUUUCAAGAUUUGAUUUAAAAGUGUUAACAACCAUUGCUCUUUAUAAGUAUGUUAUACUACGGAUUCAUGUUCCUAAAAUGAGAUAUGUUUUUGUAAAUUUUUCUAUUAUAUUAAAGUAUAUUUAAAAUGAACAUUUUUAUUGGAUAUAUUUAAAA